AUGACGGUUUUUGAGAGCAUAAAGAAUCUCAUCCGCAAUAGCAACAACAACAAUACUAAACAAGCAAAACAACAACCAGCAUCUUCAGCAACAUCUUCCUCGACAUCCAAAACAUCUACAUCUACAUCUACUACCAACACCAACACCAACACCACCACAAACUCAAACUCAAACACUUGUUCCUCACCUACUACUCUCAAUUCUGUAUCUCCGGCUGUGCCGUCAGAAUCACCAAUUUCAAUGCUUUCCGCGUCUCCUCCUUCCAAAGCAGCCCCUCCUGUCGUCACAACUACUCCCGCAGUCCCAGACGAUUCCCACCACCACCAUCAUCAUCAUCAUAAUCAUAAUACCAACAAUAACAACAACAACAACAAUAACAAUAGCAGCCAAACUUUGGGCCAACAACUCGCACCACACUCGUCUCACUCCUCAGUCGAGAGCUCCCACAUUCAAGCGUCUGCAGCGCUGGCCGCCGCCGCCGCUCAUCAUGCGGCCAAAACUUCUUCCUCACCAUACCCGGGUUUGGACCCGCGCUAUAAACUUGUUGAAAAAAUGGGAGAUGGUGCAUUUUCUGUAGUCUACAAGGCUCUCGACACACAAACAGGCGAAAAUGUUGCCAUCAAAGUCGUCAAUAAACACAAUCUUAGUACUUCUCAACGAUCUUCAAUUCUUAAAGAAGUCGCAAUCAUGCGACAACUCCACCACAAAAAUAUUGUAGAACUUCUUGGCUUCAUUGAUGCCGUUGAUUAUUACUACAUCAUUCUAGAACUCCUUCCAGGUGGCGAGCUCUUUCAUCAAAUUGUUCGCCUCACCUACUUCUCUGAAGAUCUUGCGCGUCACGUCAUUGUGCAGGUCGCCGAGGCAAUCCGCUAUCUUCAUGAAGAAGCUGGUGUUGUUCACCGUGACAUCAAACCAGAAAACCUCCUUUUUUAUCCUGCCCCCUUUAUCCCAAGCCCAGUCAAACAGGUCCGUGCAGGAGAAGAUGCAGAAACAAAACAAGACGAAGGCGUAUUUGUCCCUGGAGUCGGUGCUGGCGGAAUUGGUGUCAUCAAGCUCGCCGACUUUGGAUUAUCCAAAAUCAUUUGGGAUGCAAACACAAUGACACCCUGCGGCACUGUGGGUUACACUGCACCAGAAAUAGUAAAUGACCAGCGAUAUUCCAAGUCUGUUGACAUGUGGGCUCUGGGAUGCGUACUAUACACUAUUUUAUGUGGAUUCCCGCCGUUUUACGAUGAAAACAUUCAAGUGCUUACCGAAAAAGUGGCCCGCGGAGAGUACACAUUUUUGUCUCCUUGGUGGGACGAAAUCUCAAAGGGAGCCAAGGAUUUGGUCUCACAUCUGCUUACUGUCGACCCAUCCAGGCGGUACACUAUUGAACAGUUUCUGGCCCAUCCGUGGAUUACUCAGUCAAAUAAACCAACUGUGCCUGCUGUGGAUUCCCCCCUGCUCAAGCCUUUAACCUUGGCUUCAGAGCAGCACCAGGUGGAAAAACUUGUUGCUGAGGAAGCUGCAAUUAAUGCUGGAACUGUUGGAUCAUCAUAUUUUGCAAAAGUGAUUACUACCCCUGCAACAGAAGAUCUUCCUCCUGUUACUUCUUUGAACUCUAACACUGAUAAUAAUCGAGACUCUUUGCUUCCGACUUCUGGGCUUAAUGUUCCUGAGGGAUUUGCUGAUAAGACAUUUAUGUCUCCUGCAGUUGUGGCCAUGAAGGAAGCGUUUGAGGUGUUUAAUUCGGUGCACCGGUCGGAAGAAGAAAAGGUGACCCAGCAGCGGGUGCGUGGAGUACGAGGGUCUGGCGGUGCAAAGAGUGCAAAGAAGAGAGGUCAAUUGGGGCGAUUAGGUGAAGAAGAGGAAGAAGAAGAUGAAGAUGAAGAUGAAGAAAAGGAAGAAGAAUCCAAUGGAGAAAAGAAGGAAGAUGAAGUGUUAAAAAAUAAACUGGAUAAACUUGCAAUUGGAAGCACAAAUGAAGAUGCCUGUGAUGACAAGUUUUUUGAGCUAAGUCUGGAGGGUUCAACGUUGAUUGAGCGACGAAAACGCGUCUCAUCUUCUGGAUCUGUUGCAGUCAUGGCCGACCAGCAAUCGCAGAAGCAACAACAACAACAACAACAACAGGAACAGCUGAAUCAAGAGCAAUAG